GUCAAUUCUUUCUUAUUAUCUCUAGCAUAAGAAUGGCCAGAGAAAGAUACAGACCGGUGAUCGGAAUCGAUCUAGGGACUACCUAUUCAUGUGUCGGUAUAUGGGAGGAUGGCAAAGUAGAGAUCAUACACAAUGAUCAAGGGAACAAGACCACGCCCUCUUAUGUGGCAUUCAAUGAACAAGAGCGUCUUGUUGGGGACGCUGCCAAAAGCCAAACAAACAUGAACCCUAGAAACACCAUUUAUGAUGCAAAGAGGCUUAUUGGAAGGAGAUUCGAUGAUCCAUCAGUCCAGAGUGAUAUCAAGUAUUGGCCAUUCAAGGUUAUCGCCGGUGCAGAUAACAAGCCAAUGGUUGUGGUUACCCACAAGGGUGAAGAAAAGCAGCUGGCAUGUGAAGAAAUCUCCUCUAUGGUGCUCACCAAAAUGCGUAAAAUUGCUGAGGAUUAUUACGGUUCUACUGUGGAGGAUGUAGUUAUAACUGUUCCAGCUUAUUUCAAUGACUCUCAGCGUCAGGCCACCAAGGAUGCUGGUGUAAUUGCCGGCCUCAAUGUUAUGCAAAUCAUUAACGAGCCUACUGCUGCUGCCAUUGCUUAUGGUCUCGAUAAGAAGUCUACUAGUAAUGGUGAAAGCAACGUGUUGAUUUUUGAUUUGGGUGGUGGUACUGUUGAUGUGUCUCUGGUCUCCAUUUCUGAUGGUAACUUUACUGUGAAGGGCAUUGCGGGCGAAGCUCAUCUUGGUGGUGAGGAUUUCGAUAAAAAAAUGGUGCAUCACUUUGUUGAGGAGUUUAAUAGAAAGAACAACAAAGAUAUGAGUGGUAAUCCAAGAGCUCUACAGAGAUUGAGAACUGCUUGUGAGAAAGCAAAGAGGAUUCUCUCGUCAACUACUCAGACUUCAAUUGAGAUUGACUUAUUGCAUGAGGGUAUCGAUUUUUAUUCAACAAUUACUCGUCCCAAAUUUGAGGACCUCAACAAGGAUCUCUUCAAGAAGUGUACAGAUUUGGUGGAGAAGUGUUUAAUGGAAGCUAAGAUGGACAAGAGUAGCGUCGACGAUAUCGUUCUUGUUGGUGGUUCUACGAGGAUUCCCAAGAUACAACAACUGCUGAAGGACUUGUUCGACGGAAAGAACCUUUGCAAGAACAUUAAUCCAGAUGAGGCUGUUGCCUACGGUGCUACCGUUCAGGCUGCCAUCUUGGCAAGUGAGAAGGUACAGGAUCUGGUUCUCUUGGACGUUACCCCUUUGUCCCUUGGAUUGGAAACAGCAUGUGGUGUCAUGACUGUUUUGAUCCCAAGGAACACGACAUUUCCCAUUAAGAAGGAGCAAACUUUCACGACCAACUCAGACAACCAACCUGGUGUCUUGAUACAAGUUUACGAGGGUGAAAGAACAAGAACUAGGGAUAACAAUUUGCUGGGAAAAUUUCAGCUCUCUGGUAUUCCCCCAGCUCAAAAGGGCGUUCCUCGGAUCAGUGUCUGCUUUUCUAUUGAUAGAAACGGUAUCUUGAUUGUCUCAGCUGAGGACAAAACAACCGGCCAGAAGAACAAUAUAACAAUCACCAAUGACAAGGGUAGGUUGUCUAAGGAAGAAAUAGAGAAAAUGGUGCAGGAUACUUUAAAGUACAAGGCUGAAGAUGAAGUGACGAAGAAGAAGAUUAAGGCCAAGACUGACUUGCAAAUGUUUUCCUAUACCAUGAAAGAUAAUGUCCAAGACUGUUCAAAUCUGACCCCAGCUACUAAGAGGAAAAUUGACAGUGCCAUUAACGCGGCCAUUCAAAGUGUUGAUUUCAACCAACUUUCCGAGAUAGAUGAGUUCAAGAAAAAAAAAGGAGAGCUUGAGAGAGUCUUUAUUCUUACGGAAGCUGACUUUUUAGGAGCCAUGAAUGGUGACCCUCGUCUGUCUCUUUUCGGUGGUAAAGGUGACCAUUUAGAAAGCAUAAUUAUGGCAGCUCAUUCCGGCCACCCGGAUCAUCAUCAUGAACUCAUAGAGCUGGAAAACAAUAAAAAAUACAUUUGCCAUGGCUGCAAGAUGCCAGGGUCUGGAUUAAGACACAGAUGUGAGCAAUGCAAAUUUGAUCUUCAUAAAGACUGCAAGGAAACCAGACCUCUUCUCCACCAUGAAUUCUUUGGAAAAUCCCCCUUCAUAUUUUACCGUGAACUUCCUGGGAACUGCCGUCCUGGUUGUAGAGUGUGUCACAAAUACUGUGAGGCAUGUGCAACACCUGCAAAUGGUUUUGUGUACUACUGUGAAGAGAAUAAGUGCAAUUUUCAUCCAUGUUGUUUCAACCUUCCACUUAAUUUUGAGGUUGAGGGUAUUGAGUUUAAGCUUCAUGAUCGUCAUAAGAAGUUAUCAUCAAAGUGCAUUUGGUGCAAUCAUAAGCGGCUUGAAGGUAGUGUAACCGGCAACUGUGGGUGGUCCUAUGUCUCCGCAUGCAAGAAAUAUAAUUUUCACGUCCAUUGCUCGACACAAAUGUUAAUGGAGAAACUGAAUGGUGGGGAUAUUAAAGGUGUCCUGAAACGAAAAAGAGUGAAAUGCGACAAGUUUUACAAGAUAGUGACUAUGUUCUUGAAAGUGUUGGGGAGUACUCUUCUAGGCCCAGGCAUCGGUCUCUUUGUCGGUCAGUUCAUUAACUGAUAUUGUUUUGUGUCAGUUGUCAUUUGUCAAGCCUCUUCAGCUUGAUGUUGUAUCCUUUUACAUUUGUUUUGUCAAGCCUCUCCUUCGUGUUAUGUGCUUUGCUUUGUGCCAUAGGUUGUGACCCUUUAGAGUUAAUGUUUGUUGUAUGUUUCCUUAUUUAACAAUUAACAUGUUAAUAAAUGUGUGAAUGUGUGUUAUUUUACAGUUUCCUCUCACAAACUUCAGUUUGGUAGGUAGUUCAUCAUCAGUUAGCUCGUAAAUGAGUAGGUAAAACUCACUUUACAAAUU